GGGCUAGCAAAGCAGAAGAAAUAUAUGGAGCAGCAGUAGGGAGCCUGUAGCCCUCCAGAGAUUGCUGGGUUGACUACAGCUUCCAUCAUUCCUGACAACUGGCCAUAUUGGCUGCAGCUUAUGGGAGUUGAAGUCCAACAACAUCUGAGUGGCCCUUCUCCUUAGAUCUGGCCAAAUUGGUAAUCCUCUCAAUUAUGCCCACAAGUGGCAAAACUGUAUUGUAAAUAUCUGCCACACUUAAGCAUAACUGAACUUGCUGAAUUGCUUUUCAGUGUGAGGAGAGAAAUGGGCCAAUCAGGAUUAUGCUGGGACGGAACAUCCACUUGAAACGCAGCGGCAGUUGGGAAUUCUGAGAGGUGAGAUAGGAAGGGAAUGUUUUCUAACUCAUUUGUUUCGCAAACAUUGCCGCUUUAUAUGACAAUUUCAUCAAUCCUGCUUGACCUCAAUUGUUUAAUAUUUAAAUUCACUGCACAUUGUUCAUGCUGUUGUCUGUUGUUUCUGUUUCCUUUUUCUAUAGAAGGCUGGAAUGAGCACAUACUUUCCAGAAUAAAUCUUCAAUCAUGUCUGGGGGGGAAGAAGAGCAGCCCCCCAAUAUAAGUCCAGAGGGAGCAAAUGAAGAGGAGCAGCCCCCCAACACAAAUCAAGAGGGAGAAAAUGAGGGGGAGCAGCCCCCCAAUAUAAGUCCAGAGGGAGAAAAUGAGGGGGAGCAGCCCCCCAAUAUAAGUCCAGAGGGAGAAAAUGAGGGGGACCAGCCCCCCAAUAUAAGUCCAGAGGCAGAAAAUGUGGAGCAGUCGGCCAAUUUAAGUCCAGAGGGAGAAAAUGUGGAGCAGUCGGUCAAUAUAAGUCCAGAGGGAGUAUUUGAAAUCUCUCCAGUGAUUUCUGAAAAUGCCAUAAUGGAAUUGUUAGAAAAUCUUGAUGCAACUGAAGAUUUACCAAGUCCAGUUGAUGGAAAUCAGAGUGAAUCUAGUCCUGAUGACACUACACUUAAAAAACCAUCCCCAGAAGCAGAUUUGAAACCAGAUGCAUUACAAUCAGGUAUAAUUUCGUCCACAAGCAUUUCCGUUGACGAAAAGCCAUGUGUAUCCAAGGAGAGUCUCAUUGAACAAAUCAUGGAAAGCUCUUUAGAGAUUUCUGAGAAGGUUAUUUCACGUUCCACAGAGAAACUGCAAAUGCUUAAAAAGCUAGAGGGAAUUUUGACGCCUGACACAAUUAAUGCUGAACUUCUUGCUUAUCUGUAUGCUGAAGGAUUAAGUGAAAUCCCUUCAUCUUUUUUUGAAGGGCGAGCUAGGAGAAGUUUAUUACAAUCUUUUGAGAAUGCUACGAUACCUGAAAUGGGAUUAGCAGAGAGGCUGUCUGAAAUGAUUGAUGACGGCACCGUUCAGCUAAAUGCUAAAGGGCUGCUUGAAAUUCCUUCAGGGCUUUUUGACAUUCAAAUGUUAAAGUAUUUGCAUUUAAACAAUAAUGAAAUCAAAACCAUACCAAGAGACAUAAGAUUGUUUACAAACCUGGAAAUAUUAUCCAUAGAAAGAAAUCAGUUAACAUCUUUACCUACUGAAAUUUCCCUACUUCAAAGUCUUAGAACUUUAAAUCUCAGUCAUAACCAAAUAUCAUACCUCCCUGAUGGAAUUUCGAAACUUUCAAGACUUAAGUGUCUUUUAUUAAGAUAUAACAACAUUGAAACGUUUCCUGCUGCUUUGGAAAAACUUGAAAAAUUAGAAAUUUUGGAUCUUAGUGGAAAUAAAGUAACUCUGCCAGACACCAUGACUACCAUGAAAAGUUUGCAUAUGCUGUACUUAAAUUCCAAUAAAAUGUCUAUAUUCCCAAAGGCUCUCUGUUACCUUCCAAAUCUAUAUAAACUCAGUAUGUCAGAUAAUCAAAUCCAGAGUUUACCAAAAGAAAUUAAAGAACUCAAAAAUUUGAAAGAACUUUCGCUAAAUAACAACAAGCUUAUAUUUUUGCCGGUACAGCUCUUUCAACUGAUAAAUAUAGAAAAACUGAGACUGGAUGAUAACCAGUUGGAAAGUCUAUCUAAUAAAGUGGAGAAUUUACAAAAGCUUCGGGAACUCAGUCUUGCAAAAAAUUUCUUCCAAAAUAUUACAGAAAAUAUUUGCAGGUGUACUAAACUGGAAUAUCUGAACCUAAGCGAUAAUCAGCUGAAAAUCUUUCCUCCCAAUCUGUACAAAUUAAAAUGUCUGAGAGAACUCUACAUAAGCAGAAAUAAACUGAUCUUCUUAGACGAACAAAUAGCAUAUUUUAAAGACCUUUCAGUUUUAGAGAUAUCAGGAAAUGCUUUAAUGUACAUCCCUGUUGAAAUAAAAGGCUGUACAGAACUUACUAGAAUUGAUUUGAGUUGCAACAAGCUGUCCUUGUUUCCAGUUGGACUGUGUGCACUAACUGCUCUUAAACACCUAAAUAUCAGCCAAAAUUAUAUUUCUGAAAUAACAACUGAAAUUUCAUUAAUUAAAAACCUGCAGUAUUUAAAUUUUAGUAAGAACAAACUGCCCUCAUUUUACAUAUACUUGUGCACUCUUACCAAAUUAAGCUACUUAGACCUAAGUAACAAUCAAAUAAGUAGUGUUCCAAUAAAUGUUCAAAAAAUGAGGUCUCUUCGGGUUCUGCUGUUACACCAUAACAGAUUCGUUUUGUUUCCCAGGGAGUUGUGUGUGCUAAAUUGGCUUAAGGUACUUGAUCUUUCAGAAAAUAAGAUACAGGUCAUUCCUUCCGAUAUUAGUCAAAUGCAAGAACUAAAAGACUUAAAUCUGUCAAACAACCAGUUUGCAUCAUUUCCAAAUGAAAUAUGUCAGCUUUCAUCACUACAGAAAUUAAUAUUGUGCCAAAAAAGUGGAUUGAAGGUAAGAUGGCAUUUAAAAUAUAAGUUUGUGUUAUAUAUAACUUUGUACUGUAUACCAGUCCUUUGUAACAAAGUUUACACUCAUCAUGUGUUUUUCAGACUCAUCACAGCCUGCAUUCAAGCUGUGCACACUCAACCUACAUUUGUCUUUGAGUAAACCCAGGUUUCAGAUGUGUUGGUAUUGCUUACAUACUUGUAAAAAAAUAAAAAUCCUUGACUGGAGGCAACAAAGCUAAAGCGACAGAAUGAAUCCAUGAGAAGUAAUGCCUCUUUCAAGUCAUUUUCAGGUCUCAUAAAAGCUAUCGCCUGUUGUUACCCUAUGCAAAAGUAAUUCCGGAAAACGUUUUUUUGGGGACAUGGUUCCAUGUUGGACCAAGGCAGAGCAACAAAGUCCUGAGGAGCUAAGGAAACUGGGGGCCAAGGAAAUUAAAUCUGUAGCAGGGAUUAGCACCAGGGCUACUUCCCUUAUUAUUCAAACCAUAUUCCUGAAACCUUUAGUUUAUGUUGCUGGUCUGGGUGGCUAUUAUACAGUUCCAUCCUUUGACCAGAACUUAGUUUGCAUAUCUACCUCAGUGGUUAGAAUGAGCAAGUUCAGUUUCACCAAGUUCACUGAAUUAGUUUAAAAUCGCUGAACUACCCCUGAAAAUAGUUCCUGUAAUUGCUUACUUUCAACAAGUUCCAGCUCAUCUUCAGGUACAUUAUAUUACAUGUGUAUUUUCCUCUUUAGACUUUGCAGGGCUUUAAGAUUAAAGACCAUAAUUGUUGGGGAAAUAAAUUAAACAAUUCACAUUCCACUGUGUGUACAUUGUGGUAUUUUCUUAGUCUUCUCAAGUAUAUUUUAUACUUCAGCAGAGCAGAUCGUAACAUUCUGAAUGCUGGGUUUUUUAAAAUGGUGAUCGUUUUGAUGAACUUGAAUCAAACUGUGAAUUGAACGCGAACUGAACUAAUUCAUUUUGUAAAGGGACAAAUGAGAACUGGAAUUACUUCCUCUUUGGACAUGUUGAACUUGAACUAGUACUAGUUUCUUUUUUUAAAUGAACUUUACCAGCACUGAUCUACCUGACACACUAGACAUGCAGUGCCCACUGUGGGCUUGAGUUAUAGGAACAUAGGAAGCUGCAUUAUAACAACUCAGACUCUUGUUCCAUCCAGCUCAGUAACAUCCACACUAAUAGACAGCAUCUCUCCAGGAUUUUAGGCAGCCCCUCCCAGCCCUACCUGGAAAUGCUACAUUGCAUAUUCUUGUGUUUUUAUAUUGUAAACUGCUCUCUGAUCCUUGCAUGAAGGGCGGUAUAGAAAUUUAAUAAAAUUAAAAAUAAGUGCUAGGAGUGACCUUGGGACCUUUUUGCAUACAAAGAUGUGUUCUGCCACUGAGCUAUGGCCCUUCCCCAAUAAUAUAAACAGCCUCUCUGUAUAAAUGUGUGUUGCUUAACUCUUUUGUACUUUUUAUCCCCAGUUAAAAUCACUUUCAGAAGAACUAUCAAAGCUGACCAGCCUAAAAGUGCUUGAUGUAUCUCAUAACGAAUUACAAGAAAUUCCAGAAGGCUUAGGGGAAAUAAAAAGUUUGGUUACUUUAAUAGCGAAUAACAACUGCUUAAAAAAGCUUCCACUGAAUUUUUCAACACUCCAUAACUUACAAUGCCUGAAUCUCAAAGGUAAGGAUUUAAAUGUUUAAUGUCAUAAGAAAAUUCAGGCAUAAAAUGCUAUAGUCCCAGUUCCAAUGUCAGCAGUACCUGCGCAAAAAUAAGUUUCCACUCCCAGAUCAGGUAUAGUGAGUACACAAACGGCUUCCUCAACUGGAACACAUGGCAUCCAGCUGCAUGUGUUAUUCCAUUCUCUAUGUAUCAACCUACAUGCAGGAGUUGCAGGAGUACAACUGAAGGACUCUAGCAUUCUGCUCCUGUUAUGGUCUUCCAGGCCAGAGCAGAUGAGAACAAAAAUGAGAAGGAAAGUUAUAAAAUUAUGACUUUCUGGAAGAGAAAACAUGCACCUUGAAAACAUGUUAUUUUUUUGUGGUAGCUGUGCCUGAAGAUUGUGUACAUCCAAGAUGUUGUCCUCCAGGUGCUUCCUAAAGAGACAACCCUUUUACAUAAGUUGCUAAUGGUACUAUCUAUAAAGUGGGACAGUUGCCUGUUUGUGUCCAGAAAUGCUCCAGAUUAACAUAAUGCAAACAUUAUCCAUUUAUUUUGCCAGAAAAUAAAAUGCUACAUUUGCCUAGCGAUCUGCACCUUCUUCUGGAACUGAAGGAUAUAAAUUUUGAUGAAAAUACUCUGAUUAGACCUCCGCUGGAAGUCUGUAAAGCCAAGCAACUGCUCCCCAUAACACGCUACUUAGAAAGUGCUGAUGAAAGAGAUGGUAAGUUUAAAAUAAGUUUCUCACAGCAUCACUAGGGAUCUUAGAUCAGGGAUGGGGAACCUGUGGCCCUCCAGAUGUUGCUGAACUGCAGCUCCCACCAGCCUCAACCAGCAUGGCCCACCUUAAGGUAUUCUGAUACCCUGAGCAAAAUAUAGAAAGACAUGUCUGUCCAGGCCUCCUGAGAUCCUGGAAUUCUUAGACUUCACUGUCCAUCCUUGUUCUGUGGCAUGUCUAUUCUAACAGGGUCCAGAUCACCUUCCAUUCUAUUCUCAGAAAUGCACAAAACAGCCAGCUUCACUCUGCAGCUCUCAGUAAGUCCCUUCCCAAGGUGGUCCAUCAGCUCAUCUUGUCCACUGCCUAUCCAGGUCACGUAAGUGAAAUAUAGCUUGUUGCCUGCCCUUUCCUUGCUUCUCCAUACCAUGAGGUCUCUAUCUUUUCUUCACUCCCUCAUAUUCCAGAGCAGCAGAAGCAGGCGGUGGGUGCAUGCAGGGAAGUUAAAUGUCAAACAUUAACAAAAAAGAUGGCCUCAUCCAAUUUCCCUACGCAUCCACCUAAAGUUUUGUCUGUUACAGUUAAUAAACCAGGGGUAGGUGUCUGUGGCCCUCCAGCUGUUUUGGAGUACGACUCCCAUUAACCUUGAUCAUGCUGGUGGGAGUGCAGGGCUAAUAGUUGGAAUCCAGCAACCUCUAGAAUGUUACAGGUUUCCCACCUAUACAAACUGCUAGCUAUCUCUACACAUUUCCAGGUAUGUUAAAAAACCCCCAGCAUUUUGGCUCUAUCCUCCCUGCCCAUCAAAGUAUAUAAUUAACACUGCCACCAGUUGUUAGAAGAGUAAAGUUCCUUGGAUUCGUGCAUAACAUCAUAUGAAACUGCUGUUCUGUAAAGUUUAUGAUCUGCUUGUUUUAGAAAAAAUCUUGGAGAAAGUUCUGAAGACCAUUGCUAGCAAUAUCGCAUUUGAACAUUUUGAAUUUUUUUGUCAAAAACUCCAGCUUAACAGUAUUGUAAUCAAAACAAUAGAAACUGACAGGUUAGUGAUACGUAAUUUUUUCUUUUCUUGGAACAGGUUCUGCUAAUUUCAUCCAUCUGGUUUUUAUGUUUUAUGUUUUGUAGCUUAAUUGAUACACCUCCCCGUUUAAGGGAGCAAUCCUAACCCCCAAUUCAUGCUCCUGGAAAGUGUUCGGUUUGGGUGGAAGACUGUACCCACUAAUGGUGCAGACUGCUUGGGAGUUAAGCAUGCUGCUGCCCCCCUCUGGGGUUUUUUGGGUGAGGGCAGAGCACGGCCACACAAGGAUUUUCUGGAACCUAAUCUGGCCCACUGACAAGUGAGGGGUCCAGUUUGGUCCCCUCUGCUGUAGCCAUCUUGAGCUGGCACAGCACACUCUCUGAAAACUCUUGACUGCCCACCUUUCACCCUGACCUGCAGGAGCCAGCAGGGUUGUGGAUGCCACCAUCAUCCCCAGGGCCACGUGACCCAAAGUUAGGAUUGCUGUGUGAAGGAGUUUAAGCAUCUUCUCUGUAUAUUUUUUCUAUUAGGACUCUUUUGUUGGAAGAAAAAGUUACUCAGGCAUUGAACCACUGGAAAACUGCAAAUCAAAACCUGUCUCCAGCAGCCAUGACAGACCAGUUGAUCAGAAUACUAACUAUGGCUGGCCUGUAUUACCUGACCAACAAAGUGAAAUCUUUAAAACUCUGUUCAAGACUGGUAAAGUUCUAAAGAGCAACUAAUAGUGGUAUUUUCAGUUCUGUUGCUUGGGCACAUAAGAUAAGCUGAAUAAAACUACCUUGUCAGGAGUCAGUAAUUUACUGUGUUCAAUGAAUUGCUAUUGCUGCUUUCAGUUAACUCUGAUUCCAACCAGGCUUUUAAAAUUAAUUUUCCUCUCAUGUUUUUCAUUACUUACACACACACACGAAACAACACAAACAACAAAUAAUGGGUAUCGGUCACCAAGCACAAAGCAAAAUCCAUUCAUGACAUGUAUACAGCAGAAAAUAAUAGCAGCAUGUUACGUUAAAUAACCAGGCUAAAAAGAUGUAGGAGUUACAAGAAGUCUAGGUUGCUCUGGGUGAAAGUUAAUAAAUAAACAUAAACUGAUCAGUACCGAAAGCAUAACAGCGUUGUGCUGAAGGAAGGUGAGGACAGGUGACCCCACCUAGGCCUGAAGGCCCCCCCCUAAAGCAGGCUCAAAGCUUCUCAAAGCUUUUCAAAAUCAUUUUCUCAGCAGCUAAGCAUCUGCUCCUUUGCUCUGCUGUUGCAAGGCAAAAUGUUAUUCUUUUAUCAGUACAAGAGAGCUUCAAAACGGCUAAUGAAUAGACUCUGUCAAUGCCAAGAAUACUCAGGCCUGAGAACUGACUUUUAUCUCACUCUAGUUGCAACAUCUUUGGACAUGCUGAACGCAAGGCUCGGCCACCCCCCUUGGCUUCUCACCCCCCUUUCCCAAGACAGGAGCUUUCUGUUCAUGCUCAGGAAACACAUCAUGGGCAGGACUCCUGGAAAAGGAGGAGAAAGGGGAGGGAACUGGAAGGGGAAUAUAUGCUCUGUGCAAAUGACUGUGAACCCGUGCUUGUUUGUGACUUAUCACACUUGCUCCUUCUACCAGUUCAUGGAUGGUAGAAAUAAAGCUUUUUCUCCGAAACUAUUCCUUGAGUGUCUGUUGACUCCCACUUCCCUUUCCCGGGUGCAAUAUUUUUCCCACCCGAGGGCAAAGCCUCAUAAGACUACAUUUCAAGUUUGUCAAAGUAAUGUAUGUGAAACGCAAGCUUUAUAAGUACAUGAAGAUCUUUUAAAAUUACUGGGUAAGGUUAUUUCUUUGCACCAGAGGCUGUAUCAGAAGAACAUCUUUGCCACUGUGCCUCUGAACUGUUCCCAUUAUUUUCUCCCAAACAUCCUAAGUCAUGUCAGGGGAACUGACCUGGUUCUUUACUGCAUAGAGUUUGACUCUUGCGUCUAGGAGCUCUAUAGA